CGAAGAGAGAACGCAAGUCGAGAUAAAACGAGAUGGGAUGCACACCGUGGUCGCAAUCGAGAGCGGGAGGAGAGAAGAAAGAUUGCCGAGAGGAGAGGGCGUGAAAGCGCGCGCGCGCGACGAUAGGACGCGGGACGGAGGAAGAGAAGAGAGGAGCCCCUGGAAAAGCCGGGGAGAGAACGUUUCGCCGCCGCCACCGACCCCCUCGCAUCAGUAGCGCGCGCGCGGCAGUCGAUGUUUUUCGCGAGGAAAAGCCGCUGUCGUGCGAGAAUCAGUAUCGGGCAAUCGUUGCAUGUUGAAGUGAGCAGCGUGUAGAGAGGAAAAUUGGGAGGAAAAGGAGAGAAAGAGAGAAACAAGGAAGAUAAAUGAGGCUGGAAGCGGGCGCCAAGUGAGAGACGGAGGGAAAUUUGAUCCAGGAAGAGACGCGCAAGGGUGGUGACCCGUGACUUCGCAACGCGCCAGAAGAACAUCCAGUCCGUUCGACACACCACGGAUUGUACCACUGCUCCGUGCGUAAUUCAGUAGCGACGGUCCGCGCUCUAGUCAGCUGCGACGAAGUAGCUACGCUCCGUGUUUUAGUCAGACGUGCGCGCUGCGUUCCCGCACGUCGUCGUUUUCCUGUGCGUCUCGUUGUCUGAUUCCUCCGACACUGUCUCGCUCACCAGAAUCACGUUGCAGCGACGAUUAUCGCGUGACGAUCAAUCACGACAACGAUCUUUAAGUGUGCAUGGGUGUCUUCAGACGAUCUGUCGAUCGGUUUUCAUAGAUCCUUGGACGAUCAUCGAAUCAGAACAAAAUAUCGACAAGUGAAUCUUGAUCGUGAUGCGUAUGUGUAUGUUUAUCUGUGUGUAACAAGAUUGCGAUCGUCGCGAUAUAUAUCGGCGAAGUAUUUCCCGUUGGUGGCAACCGCGACCAACCGACCGACCGAUCGAUCGAACGUACGUACGCCAGCGCGCGUGAAUCCAGCCGAACCCAGUGAUCUCGUGACCUUGUGACACCGCCUGGGGGGAGGGAGAAAUGCACCCACUGAGAGACUGAGAGCACCCGCCUCGCGGUCAUACGCCGAUCUCGCCACCGUGUCGCGCGCCGCACGUCAGCUCCUCCCAGAUCGAGAGGGUUAGCGAACAGGAUCGAGGCGGAAAGUAAGAUCCGCGCGGAGUGCGACGAGUCGUCUCGUGUAUUUCGAUCGGUGCACGUUUUGAAAAAUCGAGAUCAAUCUUGAAUUUUUCUGCGACGUAUAUCCGAUAUUGUCACCUCGAUUGUAGCACAAGAACCAGCACGAUCGAUCCAGCGAGAUACUCGAGAGGUACUACUCUCGAAAAAUCUAAAUCCUCCGCCGAUCACAGUGAUCUUGCGAUCUUCAUUAAAUUGUCAAUCGUUGCUUUCAAGGAAAUACGUCGACAAAUUUCUCUUUUCUCUCGCUCCUCACCAAGAACUUACGAUCUCCAUUCUCAAGCGAGAUUCAGAACGAUCAUCGAUCGGGAUUUCGAAAUAAAAGUCAGCGGCCCCAUCCUACAUAUAAAUCGAAGUAAAAAUGUGUUUCAUUUACAAUCCGUAUUAAAGUGAUUGAUUUAGACAAAAAAAAUCGAAAAAAGAGAUAUUUUCUGGGAAAAGAAGGAUCACGCGCCGAUCGAAAAAAUCCUGCGAAUCGUGCGAUCAAAGAAGCGGCACUGAGCUUUGGCUAACAGUUAAAAGAGGGGGCCUCGUGUUUCCCACCUCCUGCGGUGGAAAAUUGAAGACGUAUCGAAACUACCAUGAGCGAGGGCACGCCGAAGUCGCAGACCAAGAUCGUCGUGCCCGACGGUUCGCCAGCGCGUCCGCAAACUGGUGAUGGAGGUGGCACAGGCGGAGAUGGCGAUCCUAUCGUCGGCAGCACUAAUUCCGAGAAGAAAUCAGGAUAUGAGACCAAUCUGUAUCUCUAUAGUGAGGAGAUGGAGGAUCGACCGCGGAUCUCAACGUUGCUCAGCAGCCUGGCCAACUAUAGCAACACUAUACCUGCUGCGACCGAUCCUGAUAGCAAACCGGCACCGGCUGUGGGAGGUGGAGCGCGAAUGGGUACCCUCAUAGGCGUCUAUCUGCCAUGUAUCCAAAACAUCUUUGGUGUGAUCCUCUUUAUCCGGUUGACAUGGGUAGUCGGUACGGCCGGCGCCAUUCAAGGUUUUUUCAUCGUGCUUUGCUGCUGUUGCGUAACAAUGCUGACGGCGAUCAGUAUGAGCGCCAUCGCCACCAAUGGCGUGGUACCGGCCGGUGGUUCCUAUUUCAUGAUAUCGAGAAGCUUAGGCCCGGAAUUCGGCGGCGCGGUAGGUAUGUUGUUUUAUACCGGUACUACUUUGGCUGCUGCGAUGUACAUCAUUGGUGCGGUCGAAAUCGUUCUUACUUAUAUGGCGCCGUCACUCAGCAUAUUCGGCGACUUUACGAAAGAUGCCAGCAUUAUGUACAACAACUUCCGGGUAUAUGGCACUUUCCUGUUGAUAAUAAUGGGAACGAUUGUCUUUAUUGGCGUAAAGUUCGUUAACAAGUUCGCUACAGUGGCACUGGCCUGCGUCAUUCUUUCCAUCCUUGCUGUUUACGUGGGGCUCUUCGUGAACUUUAACGGCAACGAAUCUCUGAAAUUGUGCGUGCUCGGCAGGAGGCUAUUAAAGGACAUCAACAUUUUAAGUGAUUGUAAUAAAAACGUUAGCGGUGUUUUACAUAGCAUCUAUUGCGGUAACAGCACUCGCAGUAAAUGUGAUCCGUAUUACACCGAGAAUAAUGUUACUAUCGUCAACGGUAUUCGUGGCUUAGCCAGCGGUGUAUUCUUAGAGAACAUAUGGGACCGUUUCCAAGAGGAGGGCCAGUUAAUCACCUACGGGUCCGAUCCGAAGGACAUGGAUAUGUUAUCAAGCUCAAGCUAUAACCAGAUUCAAGUCGAUCUUACCACGACCUUCACCAUUCUCAUUGGUAUAUUCUUUCCUUCCGUAACAGGCAUCAUGGCGGGCUCCAAUCGAUCCGGCGAUUUAGCUGAUGCCCAGAAAUCCAUCCCAAUUGGCACAAUCUGCGCGAUUCUGACAACUUCUACCGUCUAUCUGUCUAGCGUCCUACUCUUCGCCGGUACCGUUGACAACUUACUAUUACGCGACAAAUUUGGUCAGAGUAUCGGCGGUAAGCUAGUAGUGGCAAACAUGGCGUGGCCGAAUCAAUGGGUGAUUCUGAUCGGUUCUUUCUUGUCCACUUUGGGCGCCGGUCUUCAAUCAUUGACGGGAGCGCCACGAUUACUGCAGGCGAUCGCUAAGGACGGUAUUAUUCCUUUCCUGACACCGUUCGCCACCAGUUCUAGUCGAGGCGAGCCUACUCGUGCCCUAAUACUCACUGUGUUGAUCUGCCAAUGUGGUAUCCUGCUGGGCAACGUGGACUACCUGGCACCGUUGCUGUCCAUGUUUUUUCUAAUGUGCUACGGCUUUGUAAACCUCGCCUGCGCACUGCAGACCCUGCUGCGCACGCCCAACUGGCGACCGCGCUUCAAGUAUUAUCACUGGAGUUUAUCGUUCCUUGGUUUGGCGCUCUGCAUUGCUAUCAUGUUCAUGACCAGUUGGUACUAUGCACUGCUGGCGAUGGGUAUGGCCAGCUGUAUUUACAAGUACAUUGAAUACCGUGGCGCCGAAAAGGAGUGGGGCGACGGUAUUCGCGGUCUGGCGUUAUCUGCCGCCAGAUACUCGCUGCUCAGACUCGAGGAGGGCCCGCCGCACACAAAGAACUGGCGUCCGCAGAUCCUAAUCCUCGCCAAACUCACUGAUGAUCUAGUGCCCAAGUAUCGCAAACUCUUUGCCUUUACCAGUCAGCUUAAGGCCGGCAAAGGUCUCACUAUCAGUGUCAGCUGCAUUGCCGGCGACUACACACAGAACUCGGGCGAAGCGUUGGCGGCCAAACAGAGCUUGAAGAAGACUGCAACAGAAGAAAAGGUCAAGGGUUUUGUCGACGUUCUCGUGGCGAAGAAUGUUGUCGACGGCCUAAGCUCGCUGAUACAAACCACCGGGCUAGGCGGAUUGAAACCCAAUACAGUGAUACUGGGUUGGCCGUACGGUUGGCGGCAAUCGGAGGAAGAGAGAACCUGGAGAGUCUUUCUGCAAACCGUGCGGAGCGUUGCGGCCGCUAAGAUGGCGUUACUAGUACCCAAGGGCAUAAACUUUUUCCCAGACUCCAGCGAAAAGAUAAUCGGCAAUAUCGACGUUUGGUGGAUCGUACACGAUGGCGGUCUACUAAUGUUGCUACCGUUCUUGUUGAAACAGCAUCGCACCUGGAAAAAUUGCAAAAUGAGGAUCUUCACGGUCGCGCAAAUGGAGGAUAAUUCUAUACAGAUGAAGAAAGAUCUAAAGAAGUUUCUGUAUGAUCUGAGAAUUGAAGCAGAAGUCGAAAUCGUCGAAAUGACGAAUACCGACAUCUCUGCCUACACUUACGAACGUACCCUGAUCAUGGAGCAAAGGAAUCAGAUGCUGCGCGAGCUGCAACUGAACAAGAAGCAGUCGCUAGGAGUGGUGCAGUCAUUGGUGGACUUCAACGAGGUACCCGCCGAGGAAAAAUUACCUCUGGUACAGGCAAUCGUGGACCACCACCACAACGUCGACGCCAAAAUACCGACAAAGGUGAGAUUCCAGGAGCCGGGCAACCAAAACGUGACCGAUGACACGAAGGAGAAACUGAUGCAGGAAACUGAAUUGAACAAUAAAGAAUUGGACGUCACCGAGAACACGAACGAAAAAGAAGAGGCUAAGGAAAAUAAUGACGAAGAAACAAAAGUUAUCGGUGACUCGCCCAAAGUAGAGAACAAGGAGAAUACAGAGAAGGAGGAGAAGGAGUGUAAUGCGCAAGAGAACAAGAGUCAGAGUCCGGAAGUUAAGAAACCCACGAUUACACCCGACGAGAGCGAUGUAAGGCGUAUGCAUACGUCGUUGAAGUUGAAUGAGGUAAUACGAAAAAUGAGUAGCGAAGCUCAGCUGGUUAUUUUGAAUCUUCCUGGACCGCCACGGGACACUAAGAUGGAACGUGAAUCUAACUAUAUGGAAUUCCUCGAAGUGCUUACCGAAGGCUUGGAAAGAGUAUUGAUGGUGCGGGGUAGUGGACGUGAAGUAAUCACCAUCUAUUCGUGAACUAAAGUGACGAGAAUUAAUGCCGCUGUCUUGCGAAAGCAGAGCUCUAGUUUAUUUCUCAGUGACCUAAACGAUACCAUCUUCAGGAACACGCCGUUCUUGUGCUAUUGUCUACGCAGUUACUUGCGUCGCGCGCUCUGAAAGUCAUUAAGAGAAGAGAGAUGAUGAUAAUGAUGAAGAUGAUGAUGGUCGUCCGUCUAUGUCAGACACGGAAAACGAAGCUUUAUUGAAGCCGACUUAUCGCGCGAACCGAGACGACCGAUUGCCGUCUGAUGAUGAAACCAAAAAAGCGACGAUACCAAAGGAUAAGUUUCUUUUAAAUGGAUUUUUGAACGCAUCUUUUUAUGUGUGAGAUAUGUACGUGUCAGGGUCGCAGCGAGGACUGUUCAGUUUCAAAUUCGACAACUUGUCAAGCUCAGUCGAGCUCGCCGGACAACCGUGGUUGGUACCAUUUAGAAAUCGCCGGAACAAAAACUAUAGCUCAACGACACGAGUCCUGUGUAAACGUCACUUUGGUUCAAUUCCUUUGCAACUGACAGCUAAAAUCAUGUCUAAAACGAACGAGAGAACAAAGAUGAAAGUGGUAGAAAAAAGAGGGUAAAAAAUUUGAAAAUCAAAAUUUGGUCCGAGGCUAAGGUCGAAGCAUCUACGAAAACACUGCCAGACUACUUUCUAAAUGCUUCGCGUUUAACCAAAGACGCGAAAGGCUCAUUUUUCUACACACAUUGUCGUUAAUAGAAAAAGAAUAAGAGUAGUAGGUACAUAUAUAAUUUUAUUGCUUGAUAGAGGUGAACUUAGAGUAGCCUAGGAUAGCGCUGACUUUUAUUAUGAUUACGUAUGCGUAUUUGAUAAUAGAGGAAGACGACGCGAGAAUGUCGCGAGUAUUAUUGCAUUUCCUCCGGGGAGUGAGGUUAGGUGAGUUAGGAGAGGGUCAGGAGAGUUCCCACUCCCUUUUCCAGUCUCGGGCGAAAAUUUUGCACACAUCAUACACAUAUAUAUGCAAUUACACGUACAUACAUGCGCGCGUUUGUAUCGUCUUUAAGGCCUACUGGUCCAAGAUGCCACUACCACUUGCUAAUCGAUAACACCAAGUGAAGUUGAAUCAUGAAGCGAAAAGCGCAACUCAAAAGAUUCAAUGCCAAAAUGCGCAUCGGUUCUUACCGAAUCUCAUCGAAGAAUUAUAUAGCGUUAGCAUAUAAAAUAAUUCUAAUCGCAUUAAGUGUCGUCGUAUGCAUGUCACGUUCCGCGCGUAGCCCCGUUUCCGGCCGCGCUUCAUUUAGGUAGGUUUUAUCCAAUAUAUCUAGUUAAUCAACGAGCACGAGAUACACGCGUCUUUCUCAAUCCUUCCGGCGUCGCUGAGAAAUCGGCACGGUUUUAUUAAAUUCUCCACUAGAUUCCGAUUAGUUGAUUUGAUGCCAAUGAAAAGAAAGACAAGUAGAGAACUAAUCUUAUUAAAAUCAUCUGCCAUCUCUAAAAUAGCCAAAAUUAAUUAUAAUUUUUAGCUGAUCGAUCCGACAUUAUAUUUAACACACAGUAAGAUCGAGUAGUUACUUUUAUUUGAAUUGAUUUUAAAACUAACAAACUUUAUUUUAAUCUUUUAAAUGUCUGUGGAAUUUACUAUAUAGCACUGAGUUAUUCGAAUUUUUUUUGAUGAACGAAAAUCUUGACUUAAGGAUUGAGAAAGAGAUAAGUAUGGGAUUAGCGUUCAAUGUAAUAUUUAUCGAUAUAUUGCUUAAUCAGUGUCCGUGAAUUCUAUUGUGCUAAGGAUUACACGAGAUUAUAUAUAUAUAUAUACGCUCCGCGUUUUCUCAAAUUUCUGCUAAUUCUUGCAACUAAUGAAAUGAUAAAAGCGACGAUAAUUAAUCGUCGUUUGGGCACAGGACGUACCGAAACUAUCGCCUUUUUUCGGUUAUGAAAAUAUCGAAACAUCAUACAAAAAGAUUAUUCCAUAUUCAGGAAAUCAAUCAAGUGAUUUCAAAUGGCAAGAACAGAAUUUAGAAAAAUUUAAUUUUUCGGAUAUAAAUAAAUAACAAUGCUUAUUUUUUAAUAGUUUUGAAUUUUAUUGCAUAUUUUUGAUUAUGUAAUAUUACAUGAAUAUAUAAUUUGAAUUGAAGAUUAAUUAAAUCUUCAUUCAAAUGACAAAUUGAUGCUAUGUCAAGAAGAAAUAAAAGCGCGAUAGUUUCAGAGCAUCCCCAUAUACACAUAUGUAUAUUCACAUUGUUCAUUGUAAAGUGCACGCACUAUUCUGCAAUACCAGUAGCUAGAGAAGAAGAGGAAGAAGAAAUAAGAAGAGAAGAAAAAUGUGAAAAUGUUAAUUAUAUAUCCUAUGAAAGUGUAUCGAAUUAAAAACGUGCGAAUCGAUAUCGCCAUAGAUCCGUUAAUCUAGAUGAAAAA